AUGAGGUUAAUAUGUUUCUGGUGCGCCGUCGUAGCGACGGCAGCGCAGUCGCGGGACGAAGAUUACUAUGGACCACAAACAUUCAGACAAGUGCCAAGAUCUGCCAUGUUCCAGCCCCUGGAUACACCUUGGGCUUCUUCACAGAGAACUACCGACGUAGUAAAUCCAUACCGCCCGCAGCUGUUCAACCCAGCUUCCGAUGACGUCACACCACAAGGUACUACCGCACAAUCCUGGAGACCCAAUCCACCACCGGUCUAUGAAAAUUACAAUCGAGGCUCAGAAGGUCCACGAUCAGAAAAUUGGCGCGUUCCGUACGGAAUUUCUAAGGAACAGCAAGCAGCGAUCCUGCACCACAAGCAAUCUUUGAGCUCAGAGGGCGCUUUCCGAUUCGAAUACGCGUCAGACAAUGGCCUUGCGGCCGGCGAGGUGAUAGAACCUGACGGAUCCAGGGUCGGCGCUUAUCAAUACAAGGAUCCUAGUGGACAGCUCGUGAAAUUGAAGUAUCGCGCUGGAAAGGAAGGAUUCCAAAUUCUGGAAGGAAGUCAUUUACCGAAAAGCCCCGAGCCAGUACCGCCAGCAGCUCCUACAGGUAAUUACUAUUCGGAGGCUUACGAACAACAACGUCGUCAGUACGAUUUGCAACAACAGUACAACCAACAGCGUCCCGAGCCGCAGUGGCAAAAUCAGGCCGCUGAAACUCAGCGAGGUGCAAGUGGAGGCUCGGGUGCAGUAGCUGGCGCAGGCAGUCAAUAUUUCAACCAAAAUUGGAGACCAGAUGGUCGUGAUGAUGGUCAGUACCGAGAUAACGACAUAGAGGAACAAAACCGUGGACCACAUUCAUUUGGAGGAGGAUACGCGUUCGCUUUCAAAGGUUAAAUAAAAAAACAAAGAGGUUAUCCGUCCG